GUGACCACACCGAUCAGUUCGCCAACAGCGCUCUGAAAGUGCGGAGCCGACUCCGGAAUUUUUUAACACGAGAAAGGAGCAAUAGGAUCAGUGAACAUGUCCAAGUGGUGGAGCUGUGGCUCCAAUCAGGAAAGCAAUAGCAUUUUCCGCAGUGAGGUUAUGUCCUUGGUGCAGAUGUAUUUGCAGCCGGAGGCAGCCUAUGAUACGAUUGCAGCUUUGGGAGAAGUAGGAGUGGUUCAGUUCCGUGACCUAAACGAGAAACAAAACGCCCAGCAGCGUAAAUUCAUUAGCGAGGUGAGACGCUGUGAUGAAUUGGAGCGCCGCAUCCGGUACGUGACCUCUGAGUUGAACAAGGAGGGUCACAAGGUGAUCGAACUAAUGGACGACUUCCCACCGGCUCCGCAGCCACGUGAAAUCAUUGAUUUGGAGUUGCAUCUGGAGAAGACAGAGACCGAGAUUAUGGAGUUGGCUGCCAACCAUAUUAACCUGCAGACCAGCUAUUUGGAGCUCAGCGAGAUGAUUCAAGUGCUGGAGCGCACUGAUCAGUUCUUCUCGGACCAGGAAUCGCACAACUUCGAUCUGAACAAGAAGGGAACUCACCGCGAUCCCGAGCAGUCCAAUGGCCAUUUGGGAUUCGUGGCUGGAGUGAUUAAGAGGGAGAGGGAGUACGCCUUUGAGCGCAUGCUGUGGCGCAUUUCGCGUGGUAAUGUCUUCGUUCGCAGAUGCGAUGUGGACGUGGCCCUAACAGACCCCAAGACAGGCAAUGUGCUACACAAGAGUGUCUUUGUGGUCUUCUUCCAGGGCGAUCAACUUCAGGCCAGGAUUCGUAAGGUGUGCGCUGGCUUCCAUGCCCACAUGUACCCUUGUCCCAGUUCCCAUUCCGAGCGGCAGGAGAUGGUCAAGAACGUGAAGAUCCGACUUGAGGAUCUGCAGGCUAUUAUGAACCAGACGAGUGAUCAUAGGACCUGCGUCCUUCAGGCUGCCCUGAAGCAAAUACCCACUUGGAAUGCCAUGGUCAAAAAAAUGAAGGGCAUCUACCAUAUUCUAAACCUGUUCAACGUGGAUCUGGGAAGUAAGUGCCUGAUUGGUGAGGGCUGGGUGCCCAAGAGAGAGCUAGAGCAAGUUGAAAUCGCUUUGGCCGCUGGCUCAGCCAGUGUGGGCAGCACAGUGCCCUCGUUUAUUAAUGUGUUGGACACCAAAAAGGAACCACCGACUCAUUUCCGUACCAACAAGUUUACCCGUGGAUUCCAAAAUUUGAUUGAUGCCUAUGGAAUCGCUGGCUAUCGUGAGGUCAAUCCGGCUCUGUACACCUGCAUAACCUUCCCCUUUUUGUUUGCUGUUAUGUUUGGAGAUAUGGGUCACGGAACAAUUCUUUUCCUUCUUGGUUUUUGGAUGGUAAUCGACGAGAAGCGGUUGCUAAAAAAACGAGGUGGUGAGAUCUGGACUAUAUUCUUCGCCGGACGAUAUAUUAUUAUGCUGAUGGGUCUGUUUGCCAUGUACACUGGGUUCCACUACAACGACAUAUUCUCCAAAUCGAUCAAUGUAUUCGGCACCCGUUGGGUUAAUGUGUACAAUCGAACCACUGUGCUGACCAACCCCACCCUGACACUUAACCCUUCUGUGGCCACGCGUGGUGUUUAUCCCAUGGGUAUCGAUCCAGUUUGGCAGUCCGCUUCCAAUAAGAUCAUAUUCUUGAACACCUACAAGAUGAAGCUUUCGAUCAUCUUCGGAGUACUGCACAUGGUCUUUGGCGUGUGCAUGUCGGUGGAGAAUUUUGUUUUCUUCAAGAAAUACGCCUACAUUUUCCUACAGUUCGUGCCCCAGGUCCUUUUCCUGCUGCUCAUGUUCGGCUACAUGUGCUUCAUGAUGUUCUACAAGUGGGUCAAGUACAGUCCAACCAGCGAUGUGGUGGCCGAUAGCCCCGGGUGUGCGCCCUCCGUCUUGAUCAUGUUCAUCGACAUGGUGCUUUUCAAGACUGAGACGGCCUCGGCUGGCUGCGAUGUUAACAUGUUCCCCAUUCAAAGAAACCUUGAAAUGAUCUUCCUAGUGGUGGCCAUUCUAUGCAUUCCUUGGAUCCUGCUCGGAAAGCCUCUGUACAUUAAAUACCAUCGUCGUAACAAGCCAGCUGGUCCAGUGGUGGAGGUCGAUGAGAUCGUGGAGAAGAUUGAGGUCACCACAGGCAAGGAGAUCAUAAUAACGGAAGUAGCUGAGGCCCAUGAGUCGGGCGGACACAGUGAGGAGGAUGACGAGCCAAUGAGCGAAAUCUGGAUCCAUCAGGCCAUUCACACAAUCGAGUAUAUUCUCAGUACCAUCUCUCACACGGCUUCAUAUCUUCGCCUCUGGGCCUUGUCUUUGGCUCAUGCCCAGCUUUCGGAGGUUCUGUGGACCAUGGUGCUGGAUAUGGGACUCCAGAUUGACGGUUAUGUAGGAGCUAUUGGGGUGUUCUUAGCUUUCGCUGUUUGGGAGUUCUUCACCAUCGCCAUCAUGGUGAUGAUGGAGGGUCUGUCCGCCUUCCUGCAUACUUUGCGUCUGCAUUGGGUGGAGUUCAUGAGCAAAUUUUACGUUGGAAACGGUUAUCCGUUCACACCCUUCUGUUUCAGGGAUAUUUUGAUCGUCGUCGAGGAUGAUUAAACACAAGUUAGUCCUUAUUUAAAGAGUUUAAUAAAAGAAGCAUUACAAAAUA